AUAUUAAUCAACAAAAUCACCCCAGGACAAUUUUGAACCAAAACGAAAGCAACAGAUCAUAAAUGCCAAACCAACCAGAAGACGUCAUUGAUGAGCAUCUACUCUAAACUCUCACAAGCAUUCCAAAAGCAUAUAUAGCCAGUCCAUUCAUACAGUAAAAUCCCAAAACCCCUUCAGAGCCAAAAGCCAAAAAUCAAAGAAUUUCAGAGAUGGGUUUUGAUAAGGACCACAUAGUGAUGCUACCAUUCUUGGCUCAAGGCCAUCUGAUUCCAUUCCUAGCCCUAGCCAAGCAAAUCCAGCACAGAACAGGGUUCACCAUCACCAUCGCCACCACCGCCCUCAACGCCCAUUACCUUCGGCCUGCUCAACCCAACACCAACAUCCACUUGGCCGAGCUUCCCUUCCGCAGCGAAGACUAUGGCCUCCCGCCCAACACAGAGAACACAGAGAACAUACCUCUCAACGUAGUCGGAAACCUCUUCACUGCAUCGCAACAUCUCGAAGCUCCGACUCGCCGCCUUGUCUCGGACAUCACCGAAAAAGAAGGCAAGCCGCCGCUUUGCUUAAUCUCCGACGUGUUUUUUGGGUGGGCUGUGAAUGUAGCGAAAAGCUUCGGCACCGUCAACGUCGCUUUCACCACCGGUGGGGCUUACGGCACGGCGGCGUACGUGUCCAUCUGGCAACAUCUCCCGCAUCGUAGUGUGUCUUCAGAAGACGCGGAGUUCCACCUUCCGGGGUUCCCGGAACGGUGUCGUUUGACACCGUCUCACUUGCAUCCGUUUUUGAGAGCCGCCGACGGUACUGAUUCUUGGUCGAGAUAUUUCCAGCCGCAGAUCUCGCUCUCGAUGAAGUCUUUUGGUUGCAUAUGCAACACUAUUGAGGAAAUCGAGCCGUUCGGAUUGGAAGUGUUGCGAAAUUACCUUAAGGUUCCUGUUUGGUCUGUCUUGGCUUCCAAUAUUUCCAGCCAAAAAUAUUCCGGGAAGAAAUCCGGAAUUUCGGCUGAGAAAUGUAUUGAGUGGCUCGACUCGCACGCUUCCGAUUCGGUGGUGUAUAUCUCGUUCGGUUCCCAGAACACGAUCAGUGCCUACCAGAUGAUAGAAUUGGCCAAAGGAUUGGAAAAGAGCGGGAAGCCUUUUGUCUGGGUCAUAAGGCCGCCGGUGGGUCACGACUUGAAGGGCGAGUUCCGACCGGAGUGGCUGCCGGAGCGUUUCGAGGAGCGAAUGAGGGAGACGAAGCAGGGAUUAUUGGUGCACAACUGGGCCUCGCAGCUGGAGAUUCUGUCGCACGAGGCGACGCGAGCGUUUGUGAGUCACUGCGGGUGGAACUCGGUGGUGGAGAGCUUGAGCAGAGGGGUGCCGAUCAUCGGGUGGCCGCUGGCGGCGGAGCAGGCGUAUAACUCGAAGAUGUUGGUGGAGGAGAUGGGUGUGAGUGUGGAGCUGACGAGGGGUGUGAAGAGUAAUGUGGAGGCUGAGGAGGUGAGGAGAGUGAUUGAGUUGGUGGUGGACGACAGUGGGGAAGGUGGUGAGAUGAGGAGAAGAGCUGGUGAGAUUAUGGAGAAGAUAAGAGGAGCUGUAGGGGAGGAUGGUGAAGCAAAGGGGUCUUCCCUUAAAGCUAUAGAUGAUUUUGUUUCUGAACUUCAUUCACAGGGAGAAGGAAGAGGAUCCAAAAUUCAGUAACACUGUAUUUUCAAUUAGGAUGUACCUUGGAGGGGGAAAAGGAUCAAGGCUAGCUAGUAGUUCUGUAGUUUUCAAGUAUCAUGAAAAUGGGUAAUUUCAUACCUGGUUCCUUUAGAUUACACAAUGUUGGAUCUGUUAUUGGAGCUGAAGCCAUAGCUCUUUUUCUUGUGGAUGGAUUGAAGUUGGUCCAAUUGGACAAUAUUGUUUUGGAAAGUGACUCGCAGAGCCAAUUUCAGCUUUGGGAAAUCACAUAGGGAAAGGUAAAUGGAGAAUCUAUCCUUUUCUCAUUGAGUUUCAUACUUUGAUUACUUUCUUUGUAUCUGCGGACUUCUUAGCAUUCUCUCUUGGAAUUGGAUCUCUUGUAAUGCUAACAGUGCUGCCGAUGCCGCAAAGCUAACGAAAUUGAGGUUGUGCACUGAACGUUUGGGUCAGUGUACCCCAAACCUCGUUCUCUGACUCUGUUUUAACUGA